GCCGUCAUAUAUUGCUCACGUUGACGCUGUGAGGUUUUCGAACAAAGUGAACAAAAAAAAAAACAACGAAAAAAAAUUGCAGUUAUUACCACGAAACUGCCACAUGAUAGAGGCCAUUGAUCGACCAUUGAAUUACACGGAAUCGAACCUUGCCACGCACUUCGUGCAAGUUGCUCAAUCGGUCGACGACUCUGUUUGCACAAGUGAGUCUCGCGAAAGCAAUAGUGGAUCUAAAUAUCGCCAGAUUCGCCAACGGACGAUCCAUUCCCACUCGAACGAUUGACCCGGAGCCACAACAUGAGAGCCGUGCUGAGCAUCUUCGUCCUUCUGGCAGUCAUCUGCACCCUCUUUGUGCCGAUCGACGCCAUCACCUGCAAGUAUGGCGAGGAGCAUAAAUGCUCGAAUAAGGCCUGCGAGAGAACGUGCGGCAACAUCGGCACCGAUUUGGUCUGCGACGUAGUCUGCACAAAUGGAUGCUACUGCGCGGACGGUUUCGUGCGCGUUUCGUACGAUCGCUGCAAGCCCGACUUCAUUUGUCAAUACAUGAACGUCUUAUAA